GAGAGGAGACGCGCCUGUCUGAGCAUCAUCUGGUAGCUGUGCAGGCUACUCCUCCACGGGGAUGAUACACAAGCGAUUUUUGGUCUGUGCGUGAAAAAACAGAAGAAUCAGGGAUGCUGCCGAUGCUGCUGCUGCUGCCAUUCCCAGCCCGGCUCUGAUAGAGACAGCCAGGCGCACAGCACGGGACUGGACACCCAGAAAAUAUCUCUCCUCACCUCUCCUCCGCCUCUGCACCUUCUCUCCCACCCCCCUCCCCUUUAUCUCUCACCCCUCUCCUCCUCCUCCUUCCUCCUUCCUUCUUCCUCCUCCACCACCACCACCCCGGAGCGUCUAUUCAUUCUGAUCAAUUGAUAACCCGUCUGUGAUUCAGAAAGCCACCCACUCCUCCAUCCUCUCCUCCAUUCACCCGUACAUCCUCUUAAGGCACCUCUUUACGCACUCACACGCGCAAAGGCACGCACACGCACGCACGCACGCACGCACCACCACCGCCGCCGCCGCCAUCUACAGCCAUCAUGGAGACGACCAAGCUGCCUCCGUCCAGCCCGUCCUCGCCGACCACCAGCUUCUCGGUGCCGUCCGCGGAGAAGGUGGACGGCUUCCCGCGCCGGUCGAUGCGCAGAGCCCGGCAGAGGAGGUCCCACAGCUCGUCCCAGUUCCGCUACCAGAGCUCCCAGGUGGAGCUCACCCCACUGCCCCUGCUCAAAGACGCCCCGGUGGCAGAGUUACACGACCUGUUCUGUAAGAAGCUGCAGCAGUGCUGCGUGCUGUUUGAUUUCCUCGACUGCGUGGCUGACCUGAAGGGGAAGGAGAUCAAACGUGCGGCACUGAACGAGCUGGUGGAGAGCGUGGCCACUAGCAGAGGAGUCCUUAUAGAGCCUCUGUACCCAGAGGCUAUAAAGAUGAUCUCCGUAAAUAUCUUCCGGACUCUCCCACCCAGCGAGAAUCCAGAGUUUGACCCGGAGGAAGACGAGCCGACACUCGAAGCCUCCUGGCCGCAUCUGCAGCUGGUGUAUGAGUUCUUUCUGCGUUUCCUGGAGAGCCCUGACUUCCAGCCCUCCAUGGCCAAACGCUACGUCGACCAGAAGUUUGUCCUGCAGCUGCUGGAGCUGUUUGACAGUGAAGACCCCAGGGAGAGGGAGUACCUAAAGACCAUCCUGCACCGUGUCUAUGGAAAACUACUGGGCCUCCGAGCCUAUAUCCGCAAACAGAUCAACAACAUCUUCCUCAGGUUCAUAUAUGAAACUGAGCACUUCAACGGAGUCGCAGAGCUUCUGGAAAUCCUCGGCAGCAUCAUAAAUGGAUUCGCUCUGCCCCUGAAGGCUGAACACAAGCAGUUCCUGGUUCGGGUUCUCAUCCCGCUACACACAGCAAAGUCCCUUUCCAUCUUCCACGCACAGCUGGCCUACUGUGUGGUGCAGUUUAUGGAGAAAGAUGCUACAGUGACUGAAUAUAUCAUCAGAGGGCUGCUCAAGUACUGGCCAAAAACCUGCACGCAGAAAGAGGUGAUGUUCCUCGGGGAGAUUGAGGAGAUCCUGGAUGUGAUCGAGCCGUCUCAGUUCAUCCGGGUCCAGGAGCCGCUCUUCAAACAGAUCGCAGCCUGUAUCUCCAGCCCUCACUUCCAGGUAGCGGAGCGGGCUCUUUACUUCUGGAACAACGAAUACAUCCUCAGUCUGAUAGAGGAGAACUGUCAAGUCAUCCUGCCGCUGGUAUUCGCCACCCUCUACAGAGUCUCUAAGGAGCACUGGAACCAGACCAUCGUGUCUCUGAUCUACAACGUGCUGAAGACCUUCAUGGAGAUGAACAGCAAGUUGUUUGAUGACCUCACUGCCUCCUACAAAGUGGAGAAACAGAAGGAGAUGAAGCGAGAGAGGGAGCGUGCAGACCUGUGGCGAGGCCUGGAGGAACACCAGGAUCGCCGGAUGCAGAUGCUCACAGAGGCGGCCAGGAACCAGCGCAACCUCCAGGAGCGAGGCGAGAGAGGGGACCCGACGACCCCUUCAUCCCCGCAGACGGCUCACUCCGACCAGCCCGAGCCCAAGCCCAGCGGGGCCUCUUCUUCCUCCUCUGGAGCUGGGGAGAGCGCCACCUAG